UUCAAAAUUUUUCCCUGUAAAACCCCCUUCCUCUUUCUGCGAUUAAUGAUAUAAAUUCAUUCUCUCCGCAUUUUUUUUUGUUGUAUACUCCUGGUAGAAUAUUGUGACUGACUGAGGCUAUGAGAGAUGGCGACUGAAUCAGACGGAGAAGAAGAAGGAAAGCUUAUCGGUGGAAAUCAACAUCUAGUUGUAGAUGAUGACCUUCGUGAGAUGGCUAAAAAAGCUGCUUGGAGUGUCAGUUCUUGCAAGUCUGGUAAUGGUGUUCCAUCCAUUCGCGACGACAAUCUCGAUACCUACUGGCAAUCAGACGGUGCUCAACCUCACUUAGUUAACAUCCAAUUCCAGAAAAAAGUCAAAUUACAAUUAGUUGUCAUGUAUGUUGAUUUCAAGCUUGAUGAAAGUUAUACACCUAGCAAGGUAUCUAUUCGGGCUGGGGAUGGUUUUCAUAAUUUGAAGGAGAUAAAAACCGUGGAACUCGUGAAGCCGGUUGGUUGGAUGUAUAUACCCUUAUCUGGUACUGAGCCUCGGGAUGCCUUUCCCAACACUUUCAUGUUACAAAUUGCGAUCAUCUCCAAUCACCUUAAUGGAAGGGAUACCCAUGUACGCCAGAUAAAGGUUUAUGGACCUCGACCGAAUCCUAUUCCCCACCAACCCUUUCAGUUCACUUCAAGGGAGUUUAUCACUUACUCUUCUAUCAGAUAAGGAACUUCGUAAAUUAUCUUUUAGCAGGGUGCAAGACUAAGAGCAGAAAAGAGCCUUUUCAGUUCAGAAUAGGGGUAACAUGAAACUUUUUGAAGGUAUCUGUUGUUGAUAAAAAAAAAUAUUAAUCUUUCUAAACUAUUUGCUUUGUUGGUUUUUGAUAAACCAUGGAGCUUCUUGGCUGAGCACUUGUCUCUCCUCCUCCAGACCAUAUUCAUGUGGUCCUGUAACUAACAUUUGAAAAAUAUAUUUUGAGAAAGCUUGCUAUUUGCUCAAACUCCAAAUUUGCGCAACCUUUAGCUCA